GCAUCUUAACUGUUAUGGCGGAUGGGAGUUUCAAGAAGUAAACUUAAAAUUUUGAGGAACAUGGCGUGGAGAUCGCACGGGGAAAGUAACAGUGACCUGCUCGAUCAGCUCAAAAUCCAUGAAGUGUUGAAAAGCAAAAGGGUCGAAGAGGCUCUGAGACGAGUUGACAGGAAACAUUAUUGUCGAAAUCGAGCAUUUGAAGAUUCUCCACAACCAAUAGGUUAUCAAGCAACAAUUAGUGCACCACACAUGCAUGUGUACGCACUACAACAACUUGAGGGUCAUCUCAAAGAGGGCGCUUGUGCUUUAGAUGUUGGUUCAGGGAGUGGCUAUCUCACAGCUGCUAUGGCUUAUAUGGUUGGAGAAAGUGGAAAGGUUUAUGGAAUUGAUCAUAUUGAUCAGCUUGUCAAAGAUUCUUUGGCUAAUAUUAAAAGAGGGAAUCCUGAACUCCUUGAAAAGGGCAGAGUCAAAAUUGUCUCUGGUGAUGGGCGCAAAGGUUAUGAACCUGGGCAACCCUACGAUGCAAUCCAUGUGGGAGCAGCUGCAGCAGAAUUACCGUCUGCUCUUCUAGAGCAGCUUAAACCAGGAGGUCGUCUUAUUUGUCCUGUGGGAGCAGAAGGGCGGAAUCAGGUUCUUGAACAGCAUGAUAAACUUGAGGAUGGCCAAAUUAUGAAGAAGAAUCUGAUGGGUGUCAUCUAUGUCCCACUCUGUGAUAAAAAACACCAGUGGCCAGAGUUCUAAAUAAAAGAAAUAGGGUACAAGUGGAUUUUGAAGAAAGCCAAUAGCAUAUUUCAGGCUUUAAUGCUAGUUUUGUCUGUAACUUGUUACUGUUCAAGCAUUGUUAUCAAUGACAUAAAAUCUUAAACAGAAGCUCUCUUCAGUGAAAAGUUCUGCAUACUUUAGUAUGAAAGGUGAAAAGGAAGAAUGAACAAUUUCUUCAGGUGGUUUAAGCGGAGGAUCUUUUAAAUAGAAACCAUACUAAAAAGUGGAUUUUUAUUACUAAGAUAUUUGUUAUUUGUCUAGUUGUCAAGAAGUAGGUAGACAUUAUCAUUAAAAGUUCAACAACAGCUUACACUGGUGUACACGCGUUUGAGGGAUCAUUGUUCAUACCUUCAUCUGUCAACUGAGGCUAACUUCCCCCUCUAAUGUCCAAAGUUGAACCCCAUACAGAGUGCUUAUUGUGGUUGAUAGUCAUGCACUGAAGAUCGUUAACUUUGCAGCCGAAGUCACGAAAUCAAAACACAGGUCUUGCGAUCGAUCAAACAUAUCAGAUGGAAUAUCACACCCUUAAUGGUUUCAAAAAAAGAACAGCAGACCUUAGAAAUAAUGUAUGAACAGAACAAAAAGGUCAUAUUCAAGACAGCCGUUCUGCUUCUUCGCAUAAUGAUGAAAUUAACAAAUAGAUUCCAUGUUGCUAUGCGUAUGCGCAGUAAUAAAUAACAAACGAUGUCAAAAUGUGGUUAGACCAAUUAUUAUUUAUUAUUAAAGAAGGAAAAUCUU